AUGAUUCGAUGCCCGAGGAUCGACCCAAGCAAGCUAGAUCGCGAAAAUCUUCGGGCGAUUCUCGAAAGAUCUGAUUCCAAUGACCGCGAAGAACUUUCGGGCAGGUCGGAGUGGAGCGGCGUUUCAGUGGACAGUGAUGACAGAAUCAUCGUGCUCAACGUUACCAACAGGACCCUCUCGGGAGAGCUGCCAGCCGCGCUCUUCGAGAUAUCGAACCUCGAGUACCUACACGCCACCUCGAACCUCUUCACCGGCGCCAUCCCCGACACCAUCGGUGGUCUCAAACGGUUGGUCUCACUCAAGCUCGACCACAACAGCUUGACGGGACGAAUACCGGGCUCGUUGACCCGCCUCACCAGUCUAACAGCUCUCGAUUUUGCAUGGAACAAGCUGACAGGAACAAUCCCGAUGAAGAUCGGCACCAUGACCUCCCUCCGCAAGCUUAGCCUAGGCGCAAACAAGCUGAACGGUGCAAUCCCCAGAGAGCUGGCUUCGCUGCACUUCCUCGUCGAGCUGCGCUUACGAGAGAACAGGCUUGCGGGAAAAAUUCCACCGAUGUUGGGGAACAUGCAGUCACUCCAGGUGCUCGACUUGACCUCGAAUGUCCUUCAAGGUCAUAUUCCCGAGAGCCUGGAUAACCGAGUUGUCGGAGGUAUUCCCGAGCCUCUGAGCAAAUUGGAAGACCUGCAAAGUCUUGAUUUGUCACGCAACAAGCUCGCAGGGAAGAUACACCCUCAUGUUUUGAGCGCGCUCUCUUCAUCUUUGGUGUACCUCAAUCUCGGCCACAACGCCUUCGAAGGGGACCUCCCGGUUUCCCCCCUUUCUCCUCACUCUGCGGGAGGUAGGGUGCGGAGAGGAUCAACCUCCGGCUCUCCAUCUGAAGGACAAGGAAGGAGCAGCAGGAGGAGAAGGAGUGAGUCCGCGGCAGGGGUUGUGUCUGCUUCUCCACUCUCCUACUUGAACCUUUGCCACAACAAGUUCACUGGGCGUGUUUCCGAGGAAAUAGGAAGCCUCACCUCUCUGGAGACCCUGGAUUUGUCUCACAAUAAGCUUGAAGGCGGCCUUCCACCCGACAUUAGGAGCUGCAUCUCCCUGAGGGUACUGUCCUUGUCUCGGUGUGGCCUCUCCGGGAUCCUGGAAGGAGACGACGGAGGGGGGCUGGGAAGGCUGAGCUCGUUGGAAACUCUGCGACUCGAUGGAAACACUUUUCACGGGAUUGUACCUGCGGCGCUCGGCAACUUGGCGCACCUCGAAGUUCUUCAGCUACAGUGUAAUUGUUUCAGCGGGUAUCUGCCUUCGACGCUAGGGCAGCUGGAUCGGUUGUGGGCACUCACAGUUCGGGACAACAAUCUCUCGGGCAGGGUCCCCGAAUCCCUGGGCUGCUUAACUGGACUGCGCUCUCUCCGCCUCGAGGAGAACCCCUCUCUCCGAGGUCCUAUUCCCGACCAGCUGGCGUCCGGAGUGAAUUGCAACGUUCGCGCGGACCAGCCAGUGCUGGACGACACGGAGGCGACCAUGCUCGGUUCGAGAUUGGACGAGUGGUUUCUGAUGCCGCGGAAGGCACGUGGGAAAAGCUGA